UCCCAGCCCCGGCCCCGAUCCCAACCCCGAUCCCAAUCCCGAUCCCAAACCCGGCCCCGAUCCCUAUCCCAAAUCCCGCUCCCAAACCCGGCCCCGAUCCCAAUCCCUAUCCCAAACCCGCUCCCGCUCCUAAACCCGGCCCCGAUCCCGAUCCCUAUCCCAAACCCGCUCCCGCUCCUAAACCCGAUCCCGAUCCCAGCCCCGAUCCCAAUCCCUAUCCCAAACCCGGCCCCAAUCGCGAUCCCAAAUCCCUCUCCCGGUGCUCCCGGUGCUCCCGGUGCUCCCGGUGCCGUUCCUGUUCCCGCUCCCGGCUCCGCUCCCUCCCUCGGUGCCGUUCCCGCUCCUAAACCCGGCCCCGUUCCCGGUGCCGUUCCCCGUUCCCGUUCCCGGUGCCGUUCCCGUUCCCGUUCCCGGUACCACCGCCCCGAUGCCGGCCCGGGCCGCUCCGCUGCCCCCGGCCCCGCUGCCCGCCGAGCUGCGCCGACGGCUGCAGGACCUGGAGAGGGAUGAGGAGACCCUGAGUGAGAAGGCCGAGGCUCUUCGGCAGCUGGCGGAACUGGAGGCCAAACUGAGUCGCCGCGAGCUCUCCGAGGAGCGUUACCUGGCCCAGGUGAAGGCCCUGCUGCACUGGGAGCUCUCGGUGGCCACCGGGGCCGCCACCAACGGCUACGGCAGCGACAACGAUGAGGACAUGGAGGAAGGGGUGGCCUCAUCCUCAUCAUCCUCAUCUUCAUCUUCAUCAUCAUCAUCCUCCUCCUCGUCCCCCCACCCGCAGUCCCUGCUGGGCCCCGCCCCGAGGGCCAGGAGGGGCUCCCGGAGGAGCCGGAGCCGGUCCAAGAACGGCGAGGGCAGAAAGUCUCCCUCCAGCUCCCGGGUGACGCGGAGCUCCGGCCGCCAGCCCACCCUGCUCAGCCUCUUCUCCAAAGGGUCCCACAAGAGGAAAUCGGGGGAGGCCAACGGGGAGGCCGAGCGGGAGAAGGAGGAGGAGGAGGAGGAAGAGGAGCCCGAGGACAAGGAACAAGACGAGAAAAGGAUUAAAGUGGAAGCCAAAGAUGGGUCGGAGCCCAGGGACGAAAUCCCUCAGGUUAAAAUCACGACCCCUGCCAAAACCACCCCUCCCAAGUGCGUGGAGUGCCGGCAGUACCUGGACGACCCCGACCUCAAGUUCUUCCAAGGGGAUCCCGACGACGCCCUGGAGGAGCCGGAGAUGCUGACGGACGAGCGCCUGUCCCUCUUCGACGCCAACGAGGACGGCUUCGAGAGCUACGAGGACCUCCCCCAGCACAAAGUCACCUCCUUCAGUGUCUACGACAGGAAGGGCCACCUGUGCCCCUUCGACACCGGGCUCAUCGAGAGGAACGUCGAGCUCUUCUUCAGCGGCGCCGUCAAACCCAUCUACGACGACAACCCCUGCCUGGACGGAGGGGUGAGGGCCAAGAAGUUGGGGCCCAUCAACGCCUGGUGGAUCACGGGCUUCGACGGCGGGGAGAAGGCGCUGAUCGGCUUCAGCACAGCGUUCGCGGAUUACAUCCUGAUGGAGCCCAGCGAGGAGUACGCGCCCACCUUCGCCCUCAUGCAGGAGAAGAUCUACAUGAGCAAGAUCGUGGUGGAGUUCCUGCAGAACAACCCUGACGUCAGCUACGAGGACCUGCUCAACAAGAUCGAGACCACGGUGCCCCCCGUGGGGCUGAACUUCAACCGGUUCACGGAGGAUUCGCUGCUGCGCCACGCCCAGUUCGUGGUGGAGCAGGUGGAGAGCUACGACGAGGCCGGAGACAGCGACGAGCCCCGUGCUCAUCACCCCUGCAAGGACCUCAUCAAGCUGGCUGGGGUCACCCUGGGCAAGAGGCGGGCCGUGCGGCGCCAGGCCAUCCGGCACCCCACGCGCAUCGACAAGGAGCGGGGGCCCACCAAGGCCACCACCACCAAGCUGGUGUACCACAUCUUCGACACCUUCUUCUCGGAGCAGAUCGAGAAGGACGAGCGCGAGGAGGACAAGGAGAACUCCACCAAGCGCCGGCGCUGCGGCGUCUGCGAGGUGUGCCAACAGCCCGAGUGUGGCAAGUGCAAGGCCUGCCAGAACAUGGUGAAGUUCGGGGGCAGCGGGAGGAGCAAGCAGGCCUGCCUGCAGAGGAGGUGUCCCAACCUGGCCGUGAGGGAGGCAGAUGAGGAUGAGGAGGUCGACGACAACGUCCCCGAGGUGCCCUCGCCCAAGAAGAUGCUCCAGGGCAGGAAGAAGAAGCAGAACAAGAGUCGCAUCUGCUGGGUGGGGGAGCCCGUCAAGAGGGAUGGCAAGAAGGAUUACUACCAGCGCGUCUGCAUCGACUCGGAGACGCUGGAGGUCGGCGACUGCGUCUCCGUCAGCCCCGACGACCCCACCAAGCCCCUCUACCUGGCCAGGGUGACAGCCAUGUGGGAGGACAGCAGCGGGCAGAUGUUCCACGCGCACUGGUUCUGCCCGGGCUCGGACACGGUGCUGGGGGCCACCUCGGACCCUCUGGAGCUCUUCCUGGUGGACGAGUGCGAGGACAUGCAGCUCUCCUACAUCCACGGCAAGGUCAACGUGGUCUACAAGGCGCCCUCCGAGAGCUGGGCCAUGGAGGUGG